AUGGUGGAACGAAAUCAGUAUGCAGAUACCUCUGAGACACCUUCAGUGGCAUCGUCCGUUGGGCCGCCCAAAGCCCUGGGAGAAAAGAUAUUGGCCGACGUUCCAACAGAGCUAUUGACCGAGUUGAAACGCCUCAAGGAAAUGUUCAUCGUGGAUCGGGAGAAACUGAAAAUCAUCACUCAGCAUUUCGUAGGAGAACUGGAAAAAGGCUUGACGGACAACGGUGGCGAUAUCCCUAUGAACGUGACAUGGUCAUUUGGGUAUCCUACUGGUCAUGAAACCGGUAGUUAUAUUACUAUAGACAUGGGUGGUACCAAUGUACGAGUGUGCAAUGUUGUCUUGACCGACGAUAAAGGGGGUGUGGACCUCAUCCAAGAAAAGUUCCUUAUGCCAGAAGGCCUCAAAAGGAGCAAUGCAGAGACACUGUGGGAUUUUCUUGCCGAUUGCACUGCCCAGUUUCUGGAGAAACAUAAUCCAGGCACCAAGGAAGUGCUACCGCUCGCUUUUACGUUUUCAUUUCCGCUGACACAGCCCAACAUUCGAAGUGGAAUUUUGCAGAGAUGGACCAAAGACUUUGACGUGGAUGAAGUAGAGGGCGAGGAUGUCGUUCCGCAGCUGGAGAAAGCAUUCAAAAAGCAGAAUUUACCAGUCACAAUAGUCGCCGUUGUUAAUGAUACGACCGGCACCCUUAUUGCUUCUGCAUACCAAGAUCCGCAUAUGAGGAUCGGAAGUAUCUUCAGUACCGGUGUCAACGCAGCCUAUUUGGAAGUAUGCGGUGCGAUCCCCAAGAUCAAACACUACGGAUUACCGCCUGAUCUUGAAAUCGCAAUCAACACAGAAUAUGGCGCCUUUGACAACUCUCAAAAGGUCCUACCACGGAAUUCUUUUGAUCGCAUCAUUGACGAAAAAUCUUCACGACCAGGGCAACAAUUGUACGAAAAAAUGGUCGCUGGGCUGUAUAUUGGAGAAAUCCUUCGUCUUGUUCUGCUUGACCUGCAUGAAAGUAAUUAUAUUUUUAGGGGUCAAGAUGUCUCCUAUCUUCGACAGAAAAAUUCUAUUGAUUCACUAUUCCUGUCGACUGUCGAAGAAGACAAAUCGGAUGCGUUGCACGACAUUGCGUUCAUUUUCAACAGUGCUCUGAAUAUCAAAGCGAUCGAUUACGAGUUGAAAGUAACCCGCUACUUGACCGAAUUGAUUGCGACUCGCUCCGCUCGACUAUUCUCGUGCGGCAUUGCUGCCAUCAGUAAAAAGAAAGGCCUGGAAACUUGUCAUGUAGGUGUCGACGGAUCUGUAUUCACUAAGUAUGCCCAUUUCAGAAACAGAGCUGCGCAGGCUUUGAAAGAGAUUUUAGGAUGGCCAGAAGAUUCGUCAGAUCCUAUCUCUCUUCAUUCGGCAGAGGAUGGGUCAGGGGUUGGGGCAGCCCUGAUAGCGGCGUUAGCGAUGCAAAGAUCUGACGGCGUUGAAGCGAGCAAAUGUGGCCGAUGA